UUGAAUUUCAAUUUAAUUUGACCAAAUCUUGAAAAUACAAGUUGUUACUUCCCAAUAGCACUCUCAUUUAUUGAUUUUCUUUUCCCAUCAUAGUUAUAUUUGGUUUCGUAACAUCCCUUUAAAAGAAAAAUAAAGAAAGGGAGGCAGCUCUAUUCUUUUACCCUAACGCAUAAACCCUUCACAACAGUAACAAAAAUGGCUAAAAAUCAUACCGAAGAAGAAUCAAGCUCUGAGGAGAUGGAAGUGUCUUCACCCGGUAACGCAGAUUCCGGUUCAGAAUCCGAAUCCGAAUCCGAACCCGAACCGAAAAAACCACCAGUUGCCGCACCAAAGAAACCACAACCACAAUCUCAACAGGAUUCCUCUUCUUCUACAGAAGAAGAAUCCGACUCCGAAUCCGACCCGGAUCCGUUAACCCAGAAACCAAACCCGGUUGUAAAACCCAUUGAUGAAACAAAAAAAGCUGUCAGAUCCAAACCAAAUGCUUCUCCAAUGAAGAAGGGUACUAAAAGGCCUGCUGCUGAUGAUGAUGUUGAAGCAAAGGAAAAAGAAUCUAAGAGAUCUAAGAAGAAACAACAAGAAAAAGAGAUUGAUAAUCCAGUGAAGAAAACACAAACACAAGCACCCAAUGAGGAUGUAAAAAGGCAGUUGUUUCAGAGAUUAUGGAGUGAAGACGAUGAAAUUGCUAUUUUGAAGGGUAUGAUUGAUUACAGGUCGAAGAAAAAAGCUGAUCCAGUUGCUGAUUUAAGCGCGUUUCAUGAAUUUAUUAAAAAGAAUUUACAUGUUGAUGUGACUAAGGCUCAGUUGCAAGAUAAGAUUAGGAGGUUGAAAAAGAAAUAUGAAAAUAAUGCUGGGAAAGAAAAGAAAGGUAAAGAGAGGAUUUUUUCGAAACCCCAUGAGCAAAAAGGUUAUGAAUUGUCGAAAAAGAUUUGGGGUAAAGAGAAAAAUGAUAAAGUGGAGAAUAAUGUAACUGCAAGUAAAGAUAAUGGGGUUCUUGUUGAAGUGAAGGAAGAGAAAAAGAGUGAGGAGGUGGAAAAGAAUGUGGAGGUUAAACAUAAUUUGAGUUUGAUUUCGGUUACGAAAAAUGUUGCUGAGAUGGAGAUGUGGCUUGUUGAGAAUUGUGGGGUGCUUAGUGUUGAGAAGAGGAAUGAGAUGAAGAAAAAGUUUACAGCUUUGAAUGUAAUUGAGUUUGAUUUGUCCUCGAGGAGAACGAAGUUGAUUUAUGAGCAGAAGGAACUGGUGCGCGAAGCUAUGAGAGCUUCGGGGAUUCAUAUCUAGAAAGAGUAAACUAAUUUAGAGUAAAAUUCCUUUAUGGGAUUGUUUUAUGGUUUUGUACUUCUGUUAUAAGUAGCAUAUUUUCUAGAUUGAAGCUUGUUUUGUGUGAUUUGCUGCUUAUUUAGCUUUUGAAUGUUUGCUUUAAGGAAAUUUCUGGAUGUGAAAAUUAUAGGAUUUUGUGUUGUCGA